AUGUUCCUUGACAAAAUAAAACCAACUACAGAAAUAAACGACGCAAGACUGAAAGAUUGGGUAAAAGCUUUCCCAUUCACAAAAGAUAUAGUUGGUAACAUGGAAAGAAAACCAGAAUGGCUACAAAAACAUAUAUUUGGAAACGAGCAUAUUCCAUAUGGACAGGCACUGUUUGAAGAGCUUGAACCGGAAACUCAGGACAGAGUCAUGCAAACAAUAAGCGACGACUCAAAUACAAACUAUGACAAACUCUUUCUAGGAUAUAGGUUACCUGAGAUGGGCGACCAGAGCCCAAAGGCAAAAAGGACAUGGAAAAUUUGCAACAUACUAGAUGAACAUGAGGCAAAGAUGCAACAACUUCAAGCAGAGGGCAAUGAAGGAAAAAGAAGAGUUAAAAACUCAGUCAGGAAGAAAGUAAAGCUUGGUCCGAGUGGGUUCUAUUAUGACACAUAA